AUGCACUACUUCUUACAGGAUCUUGUCGAGCCACAUGUUAGCAACGAUGUCCAGUCAUCAAAUCACCAAUCUUCAAUGGGACAAAGUGGUGGACGCACUAAUACCCUUGAUCUCGAGGUAGUAUCUCACCAAUCGAUGCCACCCUUAAACACAACUCCUCAAAAGGCGCAACCAGAACCGUCCCAAGCCUCUAUAUUUCUCGGCAAGGAGUCGUUUAUAUCACAAUACACGACUUUUAUUGCAGGACUUUGGAGUAAUAUCUGCAAGAAGCAUAAUGAGAUUCCCUCUAAAAGAAUUUCUUCUUUCCAAGGAAGCGUUGAAAGACAACUCCAAGAAAUGGGACGGGACGGAGUGGACCUAUCAACAUUGAAGCAACGAGUGGCCGAGUUCUUUAAAAAAGCCAAAGAUUACGAUCGGGUGCGGUCGCAGCUCUCAAAUGCACUGUCCGUUGAAACUCAAGCCCCGAAGCUAGUUCUAACGCAAGGUGUCCAUAUAGAAGCUCAACAGAAGCGUUCUCAAACCGAAGCGCUUCUUCUUGACCAACAGAAAACCCUCAAAGACGUUGCCGAUCGAAAAACCCUCCUGGAGAAAACGAUAAAGGAUGCGCAGGAAGAGUUGAAGGAGAUUGAAGCCAAGAACCCGGAACUCCAAGACCGUUUGACGAAGGCUCAAGAACAACAUAACGCAUCGCAAGAGGACGUGACCACCGCUGAGGAGGAAGUUAAACGUAUUCGAGACUGCCCCACUUUGACGGAUGAAGAUGAAGAAAAGCUUACUUUAAUCAAAAGAGAGCUGGAAGCGUAUAAGGAAGAUCUUAUGAGCUUUAGAAUAGUUUAG